GUCAGCCAGGUCGGCAGAUGUAGGUAGACAGGAGGGAGGCCCUUGUUGCUGGUGAAUGGGGGUGCCUCGAGCGAGAACGCAUAUUGGCGUUCCUGUAGGGAAGUUGUCCCGGCGCCUUCGGCCGUGCGUCCACACCUGCUCCUUUCGUGCGCCCCUGAAGCCGCCUGUUCGCCCCGUCCUCCCCGUCCUCCCCGUCCGCCGAGGCCUCCCCCCUUCGCCCUUUCGCCCGCGCGCUUCAGCCCCCUACCCUCCGCCUGCAAUCGCGGACGCCCCUGGGGGUCCCACCUGGAAAGGCUGCACUGUUGCCUGUCCCGUGAAUGGCUACUACGCAUUGUAGAUCUCGGGCGCAGUAAUGGGAAACAGUUGUAUUGGGACUGGCGCAGGUGGCAGCAACGGGCUGAUCCCGCCAGAGACGGAGGUUGAGAAUCCUUUGGCGAUGGCGACUCCCAGCAGCCAUGGCAGCCCGGGUCAAGGGAGCGGGUCGCGAGCGGGAGGGAAAAAGAAGCCUGUCAUGAGCGCUCGCCCGAAACCACCGCCUACGAAUCAACGCUCUGUUCUCCAAAGAGAAACCGAAAACGUGAGAACUCUCUAUACCAUCGGAAGAGAAUUGGGAAGAGGGCAAUUUGGCGUGACGUAUUUGUGUACGGAGAAGCAAACGGGCUUGCAGUAUGCGUGCAAGUCCAUAGCUAAGAGGAAGCUGCUUCAACCCGAAGAUGUGGAGGAUGUGAGGAGGGAGGUCCAUAUAAUGCAUCACCUGUCUGGCCAUCCCAAUAUUGUGGCUAUAAAGGGGGCGUACGAAGAUGCCACGUCCGUACAUUUGGUGAUGGAAUUAUGCGCAGGAGGGGAGCUGUUCGAUAGGAUAAUUCAGAGAGGACAAUACAGUGAGAGAGCGGCUGCGCAGCUCACUCGGACAAUCGUGGGGGUGGUGAGGCAGUGUCACUCGCUGGGCGUCAUGCAUAGGGACCUCAAGCCAGAGAAUUUCCUGCUGGCGAGCACGGGCGAGGACGCGCCUCUGAAAGCUACCGACUUUGGCCUCUCCGUUUUCUUCAAGCCCGGGGAGAAGUUCUCGGAUGUUGUGGGCAGCCCAUAUUAUGUGGCCCCUGAAGUUCUGAAGCGUGAUUACGGUCCUGAGGCAGAUGUAUGGAGUGCAGGUGUUAUUUUGUAUAUCCUUCUCAGCGGUGUACCGCCAUUUUGGGCUGAGACGGAGCAGGGUAUCUUUGAUGCAGUGUUAAAAGGCGAGAUUGACUUCUCAUCACAGCCAUGGCCCAGCAUCUCAGAGAGCGCCAAGGAUCUGAUAAGGAAGAUGCUGAACAGUGACCCAAAGGCAAGGUGGACAGCACAGCGAGCACUUUCCCAUCCAUGGAUGCGUGAAGAUGGAGUUGCUCCUGACAAACCCCUGGAUUCUGCUGUGCUCUCCCGUCUCAAGAAUUUCUCUGCAAUGAACAAAAUGAAGAAGAUUGCAGUGAAGGUCAUUGCGCAAACUCUGUCGGAAGAAGAGAUUGUUGGGCUCAAGGAGAUGUUCAAGAUGAUAGAUGCGGAUGGAAGUGGAGCAAUCACUUUUGAAGAGCUCAAAGAUGGUCUGCAGAAAGUGGGAUCACAACUGGCAGAGUCGGAAGUGCGGGCAUUGAUGGAAUCCGCUGAUGUGGAUGGCAAUGGGACAAUCGACUAUGGGGAGUUCUUAGCGGCAACAGUUCAGAUGCACAAAGUGGAGAGGGACGAAAACCUCUUCAAGGCAUUCAGCUAUUUUGACAAAGAUGGCAGCGGCUAUAUUACUUAUGAUGAGCUCAAACAGGUCUGCCAUGAGCAAAAUCUGGGUGAAUCAGCCAUAAAUGAAAUCAUUUGCGAGGCAGAUACGGACCAUGAUGGGAGAAUAGACUACAAUGAAUUUGUUGCAAUGAUGAGAAGAGGGAAUGGUGGCAUCGGAAGAAAGAGCGCCAAGAAUCUUGACCAGCAGAGGAACUUGCGAGGCGUGAUUUUUGCCAAUUGAUCCUUUUCAGGGUUGAGACUUGUUUGGCUGGGAUGGUAAGGGCUGGGUGAGUAGUUUGCGAAGCGGAACAGUCCGGCGUGGGAGUUGUGUCUACUGCAGAAAAGACGGAGCAGUCAUGGCAGCGGCAUUUGUGGGAAUUGAAGCACACGAAAACAAGGUGUGGAUGUGGGUGGGGCACUGUUCUGGAAUUUCAGGCAUCAGCAAAGUGAUCGAAAGAGGGGAUGAAUAUCAUCGGUGUACUGUUUGAUGGGUCAACCGAUGGUGGACCAGUUGUCGGUUGUCAUGCCAGUGACAUUGCCUGGUAGCUACGGAAAUCCUGCAAGUCCCAGCAGUCCCCAAUCGGAAUUGUCUCUUCUGUGCACACAGCACCAAAGCAAACGUCAUAAGUGUUUGCUGGCAGCAAUGACGAAGUCAAUAGAUAUCCGGCAUAGUAUUGUGGGUUGGCAAGGUCAGGAUCUGGAUCCUAUACACUAGAGGGAGAUAGCAGGGAGGGGUCCCUGUUUGGAGAUAUUUAAUGCAGGAGAUGCAGUCUGGCAGCGAGAGGUUAACGAUCAAAUCGAGAAGGGUGUGGAAAUUUCAUCCACCUGUUUUUCUCCUUGGAUCUUUUCUGGCCAUGUCUGUGAUGGGUUCGCCAGGGCUGGUCAGCACCGGUUGAACUGAGUAGCUUGUUGUAUCUGUUUGUUUUCCACGAGUAGUAAUGGUAGCAUUACUGGUAUGCUUAUUCAGUUGUCAAUGAUGACCAGUUCAGUAUUUUUUUACACGAAAAUGUUUGUUAUGUACUCACAGUUUCAUGGCCGCUUCUAUUUUCUCAGACAUGAGUAAUGUUCUCGAGCCGUCUGCUGGAUCUCCGCAUAGACUGAUAUGCGGUACACUGAAUUUGGUCCACUUCCUUUCUCGUAAGUAUUUUUCCUUCCAGUAGGUACACUUUUUUUUUUUCUUUUUAAGAGAAUUCCUGUAGGUACACGAGCCCAUCUUCUUGUAGGGGCUUUUUUGUAUCAAUAUGUUUUGCUUCUGAGGGUCGCUUUCCAAAGACCUAUGUAUGCUGUUCCUGGCAGCAUAACUCUUACUGGUCUACAGCUGGCUGCUGACAAAGAUAUGAUUGCACCCUUUCUCCUCACCUACUUGGCUGGUUGCUCUGUCUGUCAAUCGUUGGUGGUGUCUCUGAAGACUGAUGCCGGAAUGCCAUCCCUGUACGGAUUUCGUGAAUUGUCUUUGAGGCAGAGUGCUGCUCUGAGGACAGAAUAGGCGCUCUUCUUCUCAAGGAGAAAGCGAGUUUAAGCGACCACUCGGAGUGGUUGGGUGAGUGACAGCUAGUGGGUUGGUGGAGCUCCUCUCUUGAGAAGAAAAUGCGCAGCCAACGGGAGGCUUGUUGUUGCGUGCUAAAGUGGUGGAUUGCAGCUGAGGUUCUUUUUCUUCUGUUUUUGCUGUUGUUUUUUUUUUUUGGGGGGGGGGGGGGGGGUGGUAAGUAUCGGGGUAGGACAGUGGAUAUAUGCUUUUGCCCACCCAUAUCGUGGGUGUGCAUGCCCAGCAGAGGUAGCGUGCAGUUGUCGCCUUCACCGUCAUUCAUGGAAGCGAAUGGACUGGCAAUCGGGAAGCCCGAUGGGAGGAAAGGUGGCUUCAUAAUGCAUUGGAUCUUUGGUAACUCUGUCUACCUACUGUCUCUUAUACACAUCUAGAUGUGUAUAAGAGACAGGUUGUCGCCUUCACCGUCAUUCAUGGAAGCGAAUGGACUGGCAAUCGGGAAGCCCGAUGGGAGGAAAGGUGGCUUCAUAAUGCAUUGGAUCUUUGGUAACUCUGUCUACCUAUUGCCAUCUAUUAUUCAUGUGCAACGUGCAUGGUUUU